GUUGCACUCGGGUCGCUACAGAUUCUCGGAUAACUCUAUUUUCUUGAAACCACCUGCGUGCGGAGCUCUCUGACAUGCCGAGCCCCUUGUAUGUUGCAUCCAACGACGUUGCAUCCAUGGAUAUAAAGCAUACAAAUGAGUGAAGAAACGCCAUUCCACCAAGCUCAUACACGAGAUGGUUUGCAGCCUUACAGCUACUCUGAUUUCCGCUCUGAUUUUCUCUUACCUCGUACGAGCCAGCCCCGUCAACUUGACAGUCUUUGAUGGCAAGGCGCGCGAAAUACUCGAACGCUCGACUCCCGCCCCUCCGCAUUGGGUGAUCUAUUCUGACACCGGCACAAGUACGACGGGCCCGCCUGAUGUAUCUGACAUUGAUGGAUUCACAGUAUUCUCCUUGUCAUUCCUCCUCAUGGCUGGCGCUUGGGAUAAGGCUUACGAAUGGACCACUCUCACCGAUGACGAGAGGACUGACAUUAAAUCCCAGUACGCAACAGCUGGUGUCAAGUUAUUAGUGUCUGUCUUUGGCUCUUCCGAUGUUCCCACCACAUCCAGAGCAGAUCCCAUAGCGACUGCUGACACUAUGGCCGCCUGGGUUAAGCAGUACAAUCUCGAUGGCAUUGAUGUCGACUACGAGGACUUUACUGCUUUCGACGCAGGUGACGGCAAAGCUGAGCAAUGGUUGGCAGACUUCACGACACAGCUUCGUGUAACCCUCCCAAAGGAUUCUUACAUUCUUACGCAUGCUCCGGUCGCGCCGUGGUUCUCUCCUACACACUAUGGCGGUGGAGGAUAUCUCAAGGUUCAUGAGAUGGUCGGCGACAUGAUUGAUUGGUAUAACGUCCAAUUCUACAAUCAGGGGACAGACGAAUACACCACCUGCGAUGGCUUAUUAAACACGUCUUCCGACACCUGGAAUGGCACGGCCUUGUUCCAGAUUGCCGAUAACGGCGUAGACCUUUCCAAGCUCGUUAUCGGAAAACCUGCAACAGCUAGCGAUGCUUCCAACGGUUACAUGGAUCCGGACACUUUAGCAACCUGCCUUGCGACUGCCAAAGAUCGAGGAUGGGAUGGAGGUGCGAUGGUGUGGCAGUACCCUCACGGAGAUGAGUCCUGGAUUAAUACUGUCAGGGCGAAGUCAUGGCCGGUUUAGCUUUUAUGCUUUUCUUUCAUCAAUUACUACCUCUCAAUACCUUAUUUUCUAUCCCAUUUGACCUCGGGAAAGUUCUAUGCGUGAUUCGAUGCCGAUCAGCCGA